AUGAAUGAAAUUGAAAGUCAAUUAAAAAAAGAAAUAGAACAUAUGAAACUGCUUUUUGACUCUGAUUAUUUACCAUAUGAAAUGGAGUAUAUUAUUCCAUGUUUACAAUUUAGGAAUCAUAUUGUUAUUAUUCUCCUUGUUAAUUCAAAUGUUGUUUUUGGAGUAUAUUAUAAAACUCUUAUAUUUUUUAAUGAAUAUGAACAAUUAAUACCUCCAAUAAAGUUUUGUAUGAGAGAUAAUGACUUAAAAAUUAUUGAUUCAUCAUUACCUUGUACUCCAGUAAUUCCAUCUAAUUAUAAAGCAAUAAAUCCACAUAAAUUAAUUUUAAGAAAUGGAGUAUAUCUAUGUGAAGAUCUAAAUGAUUAUGGGAAUACAUGUAAUAGUUCUCUUGGAGAAGCUAUUCAAGAUAUAGGAAUUGACUUUGAAUAUUUUCCAGAUUUCCAAGUUCAUAGAUUAAUAAUUGGUCAAUUAAUUAAAUGA